AUGGCGGGUUCGUCCUGUAAACAGUGAACGAUUGUCGAGCGGGGCGUUUUGUAAUUCCGUUUCCGCAAAUUAUUAAUAGUUCCACGUCCAUUUUAACCGGCAAUCUGUUUGCAUACGCGUCAGACGAAAUCCGGCGGCCGGCGCACGAUCUCUCCGAUAAACGUGUACGUCAAAACGGCGCCCGUGUGACCGAGCCGCCGUGUCGAAAUAUCCAACGUCCGUACGUCCAACAACAAGCGACGCGGCCCGGUAAACGGCAAUCCAGUCCGUCGUCGCACGCAUCGGACGGGCGUCCAGCGCGAAUCCGUCGAGAUAGACGAGAAUAUUCCCGUCUGUCUGGACGAGUGAACCCGCACAGUUCGACACCGGAUGUCAAGCUACGUGUCCACUCGAGACCAAACCUCGAGAGAAAGUCUCGAGAUUAG